AUGAGUGAUCAAGGUCUCAUCACAUAUUUUAUGGUUGAUCAAUUCAAAGGCGUCGUUACACUUUUCAUGCUUUCACCUGUUAACACAUUUGGAUUUCGCAAAUUGUGUACAGCAGCAACUUCUGUCAUGGAGAAAAUGAGCAAACGUGAAAAACGUAAUGCCAAAAGGGCUGCAGCUAAAACUACAUUGGUAAAAAUGCGACAAGAAAAGAAACGUGCCAAAGUAGACUUUGACCACUAUGAAAAUUCAGAUAUUAGUGAUUACUACAUAGAUGGAGCUUUCAGAAAGGUCUUCCCUUAUCACUUUACUUUCAAAGCAUAUGCCAAGCACAGGUGGAUUGGUUGUAAGCUACUUGAUGUUUUGCAAUCUGAGUUUAGGUUUACUUCGGAUGAAGUAAUAGCAAGCAAGUGCAAGCUUGGAGCAAUAUUGGUCAAUGAUGAGAAAGUAGAUCCUGACUAUAUAAUGAAUGAUAGUGACUUACUUUCGCAUAGAGUUCAUCGUCAUGAGUGUCCCGUAUUGAAUCUGCCCAUCGAAUUUCUGCACAACUCAGACGAUAUGCUGGUGAUCAACAAACCCCCUUCAAUACCAAUUCAUCCCUGUGGUCAGUACACAUUAAAUAGCAUUACCCACAUUCUGGCCAAAGAAUACGGUCUUCGUCCUCUGCGAUUUGUCCAUAGACUUGACAGAAUGACGUCAGGAUUGCUUAUAAUCGCCAAAAAUUAUGACGUAUCUGUUCGCUUACAGACACAGAUUAGCAAUAAAGAAGUGACAAAGUAUUACAUUUGUCACGUGGAAGGCUGUUUUCCUAAUGAAACAAAACCAGAAAAUUGUGAUAUUGAUUUUGAAUUACAUGACGGUGUGGUGAUCUGUGAUAAACCUGUUGGGCCUAUCAGUCCUAAAUUGGGGAUUCAUGCUGUUUUAUCUGAAUCAUCAGGUGGAAAGUCCGCUCGAACACAUUUUAUGCGCUUGAGUUACAAUCCUGUGACGGAUACAAGUUUAGUUAUUUGUCGUUUAUUCACUGGACGUACUCAUCAAAUUCGAGUACAUGUACAGUAUUUAGGUUAUCCUAUUGUCGAUGACCCAUUGUACAAUUCAACUGAUUGGGGUGAAUUAAAAGGAAAAGGGGCUGCAUAUGGUAUGACUGUAGACGAAGUUAUUGAAAAGUUGGCUAAUUCUCGCACUAGAGAAAAAUAUAUCACUGAAGAAUCAAAUGAAAGCUCGCAAAACUCUUUAGAUCCUGAAGUAUUGACUCGUCUUCAAUCAUGUGUAGACCCGUUAUGUGAAGAUUGUAAAUUGACUUUCAAAGAUCCAACGCUGAAACAUCUUAUACUACGAUUACAUGCUUACCGUUAUAGUGGAUCAGAUUGGUGUUAUUCUGCACCUUUGCCUAAAUGGGCUAAAGAUGAAAACAAUUCAGAUAAUCUGGAUAAUUUAAUUGAAGAAGCUGUGAAAAAGUUAUAAACAUGUAAAUAUUACCAUAUAUCAACUUUGAAAUGUGUACAGUUUUUAUUCAGUUGUAUAGUGUAAACACCCAUCUUCAUGUAUACUAUUGUUGUAUGCUUACAUUAAUCAAUAUUGAAUAGACCUACUGUAUUGUAUUUGUAAAGUGCUUUACAACUUUACUAUUCCCGUAAGAAAGUGAUUAUUUUUUUCAAAUGGCUUUUACCUUAUGUAUCCUGUUUAUAUUCGCAUAGUUUUGCCAAUAAGUAUUUACUACAUUAAGUAUAUA